AUGUCGGGAGGCACGUUUUCCGGCGAGGUGAGUGUGCGCGAUGUUCUUGGCCAGCUUGUAGUGUACUCGCAUGUGGUGGCACAGCUAACGAUGUCCGAAUCUACCGGCAUGGUUAGCAGCGCGUCGAGCACGGCGCUGCUCUCUACCGUGAGGGUGACGUUGGAACUGGCCGAGCUGCGGAUGACGACGACCGAGCAAGCGCGGAUAGAGCUGGAGGCAAGUGUGGGUGUUGUGACGAGCGGUUCAGCUUCGCUUGGUGUUGCACCGUUGGUGACGAGCGUGACGAUCACCGACUGCGACCCUGGGUUUGGCGCCAAGUUCUCCGCGGCGACGCCGACGGUGCCCGAGUGCGUCGAGUGCGUAGAUGGAACGUCUGCCAACACACAGUCGUUUGACUCGUGCGAGCCUACCGAGCCGUGCUCCGGCAAUACCGUGCGGAUCCCGAAUGACAACACCUCUGCCGUGUAUGUGCCACUGUGCGUGUGUGCACGAGGCUUUUGGUCGCCGGCAGGCGAGGCCGACGAGCCGUGCGAGCCGUGUCCUCGCGGCGGGAUUUGCGACGGCGGGCUCUCGCUUCCAAAAUCUGCAGCCGGAUUCUUCUCGCAGUCUGUGAGCUCGUUUGUGGAGUGCCCGCGCGACGGCUGCGCCGGGAACGACAAGUGCAAGACCGGUUAUACCGGGUUUGUGUGCGCGACGUGUGCUCCGGGCUACUUUGCCAGCUCGGCCGACCGCUGCGAGGAGUGUCCUCCGGGCUCGGUGGCGCUGAUUGUGAUGCUCGGCCUUGUUUUACUGGCGGCGGCCGGCGUAGCUGCCGGGUUUGUGGGCUGGUCUCUAGCGCGCGAUGCGCGGCGGCGCGAAGAGAGGCUGAGCCUCGGCGAACAUCUUGCACUGUUUCGCUCUCGGUCAACGCCAGUCUCUGUGCCAAUGAUUCUGACCGCGUUUCAGAUUAUAGGCGUGAUUGCCGAAGCCAAGCUCCACUGGCCAGGACCUGCCCUCCGGGUUCUGCAGAUCUUUACGCUCUUCAACAUCGACGCGCGGUUUGCAGGCUCUGGCUGCUCGAUCACCUCGCACUAUGGCGGGUACGCUCUCGCUGUGGUUCUCCCAGCCGUGUUCCUGGUGGCUGUUGUCUUGGCACUGGUGUGUCUGCGGUGCACCAACUUGGCGUGGUUCCGUGGCCUACAGAGCCUCUCGCUCCGGACGCUGGCAAACGGGGCACUGUUUGCGAUCGCGCCCCUGCUGUUUGUACCUGCGAGCAAAUCGGCGCUGGUGCACUUUGAUUGCAUUCGAAUCACGUCAGAGGUGACUGUACUCGAUGCCGAGCCUUCAGUGCGGUGCUUCGACUCUGCCUGGUUCCAGAUGUUGCCGUUGGCGGGAGGAGCAAGUUUGGUCUACGUUGUUGGCGUUCCGCUUUACUUUGCGUAUGUGCUCCGUUCAGCGGCGGCGUCACUGGCGUCCCAGUCGAACGAGGCGCUGCUGGCGGCAAUGCUUUCGGCAGGCCCGCUUUUCCGCCACUACUGCCUCUCGCGACUGUAUUCCGAAGUCGGCUCGCUGCUCCGGCUGCUCAUUGUAGUUGCGGCGUCUCUGUUCCUCUCUGAAAACGUGGUGCUUCUUGCUGGCGCGGUCAUUGGCGCGCUCGGCGGAUGGACUGCUUACGUGCUCGCGGCAGCGCCAUACUACGUCCGGGCGUACAACGGACUGGCGGUGCGGCUCAUGGGCGGAGUGACGGCAAUUCUCGUGGUCGGUGUCGGCGGCUUUGCAGAAGACGCGCAGUCGGGGCCCAAGGCCACGCUUGUCUCGGUCGCUGUCAUUCUACUUGUGGCUCUUCUGAUUGUCAGCUCGAUCCACGGCUUUGUUGUUGACCUGCGCGGCAUCAGUCGCGAGAAGCGCGGCGGUGCGAUUGCCAGUGACAAUCGGCGGGAUGCGUUUGGCGCGUACCUCCGCGUCGAGCUCGCGGAUGUUGGCGGACCGGUUGACGGCGUUCAGCUGGAGGCCCAAGCGCUCCUGGAGUUAUGGCCACGCGACUCGGGAAAAGACAUCGAGAGUGACGAUGGCGAGACAUGGAUGUCUGCAACGUCGACGAAGUCGGGGACCUCGGAGACGGAGACCGGAUCAAGUUCAUCAUCGGGCUCGGGCUCGGCUUCAGUGUCGGGGACAGGUUCGGUGUCGGGAACGGGUUCGGGGACCGGCUCGGCUUCGGUGUCGGGCUCGGCUUCGGUGUCGGGGACCGGUUCGGGGACCCCAGCGCCCCUGCUCGAGCUUCCGGGAUCGAGGGAAUCGAGCUCGUCAAUGUCGUAG